UAGCCAUCAAAUUUUGUUUUUUUUCGACGGGCUCGGGCGAUUCGGACGCGAUUUUUGAGUUGGGAAAUAUUUUGGUUGUUACGUUCUCCCCGCGGUCGUUUCUUGUUUCCUUGUUUCGUCGGAUUUUCGCGUGUGCCGCGACUAGGCAAAACCAAUCGCACAUAAUAAAUACAUUUUCGUGGAGCUGAAAAACACGGCAAUGUAAAUGUUUGAUUGUUUUCAUUUAAAACGGAGCCAAACACAACUGUUUGCAAGUGUGUGUGUGUGUGGAAAAGUGAAAAUGCUAUUUGGGCCAUAAUCAUAUUGAAAUUCUUAGCAACAAGCAACGGCGAAAAAAUUAAAAUAAAAGAAGAAGGAAAAAUCAAACAAAACCGAGAAACCACAAUUAAAGGUUCAGGCAAAGAAGUGGGGAAAAAGUGAGCGGCGCUGUUAUUAUGCGGCCAAGUGAAAAAAUCUUAAUUAAAUAAAUGUUAAUCGGAAAUUCUGCUUCGUGGAAUAAUUAAAAAUAUAAAUUUAUGAAUUUGCUCUCUGCCAUCUCGCUCGCACUUUCUGCCUGACCUCGGUUAUCAUAUGUUCCUUCUUUACUGCAGUUGUUGUUGCUUUGAAUGUGCUGCAACAUUUUAUGUUGUUGCCAAGCUGAAAUUUGUUUUCAUCCCCGCAUAAAAAUAGUUUCAAACAUAUAAAAAAACAAAUACCAACGGAGGCAAACAUAAAGUUCCCACAGCAGAUCAAUCGAAAAAGGAGCAAAUAAAUCCACGUCUACGCUUUUAUUGCUAUUGUUUUAUUGGAUGGUAAUGGACUCUGCAAAGAAGAGGGUGAUGGCACCCACAACAUUCGUGUCCAGGUGCUAGGACCAUCUACUGGAAUAUAUGUAUAUAGGAGCAACACUCUGGAUACGAUAUCCAAUUACACUGAAACAAAAGGAGGGAAAAGAAGCACACAUAUCCAAGGUAGAUCGUGGCCAGGCCUAAGAAGGUUAUCUGAUGGUUGUGGCUCGCGAAGAUGCCUUCAGCGAACACGGAAGACUUGCGGCGAAAGUUUCUAGUAGUGCAGCAGCAGCGCUCGGCGCCUCCGAAUUUGGCCGGCGAGAUCCUGCCAUCGGCGAUACCGAAUGCCAGUGCCGGCAGUUCCGCCACCACCAGCCUGAUGAUGACCACAUCGACGGGUCUGGGUUUGGGUGGUGUGCCAAUGGGCCUCAUUGGCGAACCGGAGCGCACCUAUGUCUUUCCCGGCGGGAAUCCAAUUGUAGGUAGCGCUCCGGGUGGUGGUCAAGGCAUUCCCGGAGUUGUGGUAGCGGGUCCUUCCCGAGGACACGCCCGUUCGAUAAGCCAUGGUGGUGGAGCCAUCGUUGGUGCCAAUGGACGGCCCAUCAAGUCGGCCAUGAAGGGUCACCAGCGGGCCUUUUCCCAGGGUCAAAUAACCGAUUCACCACCGGGAAGUGCAGCGCCAGCGGGAAGAGGUCACAGUCGCGUGGGUUCCAAAACGGAUUUCAUCCUGCCACCGGGUCACAAGGAGGAGCCGGCGAAUCGGGAACCCUCGGCGCCCACUUCGGCGGUUGGGGGGCGUGGCCAUUCGCGGCAAGCCUCGCGAUCGGAAUCCAUAUACACACUGCGACGAACGGAGGCGCCACCGUGGUGGAAACGCCUCAGCCUGUGCAACUACAAGUCCAGCGAUAAGUUCGAGGAGCGAAGCUACCGCAUGGUGGUGCCCAAUCACACGGUGCCACCGAAGACGCCCAAACGGGAUCAUCCCAACGGACAGUUUGUCGGCAACAAGAUCAGGACCACAAAGUACACGCUGCUCUCGUUUAUACCCAAGAAUUUGCUAGAGCAAUUCCAUCGCGUGGCCAAUUUGUAUUUCAUCUUCAUUGUCCUUUUGAAUUGGGUGCCGGAAAUCAGCGCCUUUGGCAAGGAGGUGGCCAUGAUUCCAGUGCUCUUCGUCCUGGGAGUGACGGCGGUCAAGGAUCUGUUCGAGGAUCGAAGGAGAAGGGCGUCCGACAAGAGGAUAAACAACACAACCUGUCGGGUUUACGAUGGAGAGACGGAGCGGUACAAGAAGGUGAAAUGGCAGGACCUGCGUGUCGGGGACAUUGUCCACCUGUCCAACAACGAAACUGUGCCGGCGGACAUUCUGCUUUUGCGGACAAGCGAUCCCCAAGGGGUCUGCUACAUAGACACCUGCGACUUGGACGGGGAAACGAAUCUGAAGCGUCGCGAGGUUGUACGUGGCUUCGAGGAGAUGCAGAGCAUUUUUGUGCCCAGCAAGUUUGUGAGUCGCGUGGAAGCGGAUGCGCCGACCACGAAGCUAUAUAGAUUCCAUGGGGCCUUAAUACAUCCAACUGGGGAGCGUGUGCCCAUAUCGACCGAGUGCCUUUUGCUGAGAGAGAGCAGACUGAAGAAUACGGAUUAUAUUGAGGGUAUUGUGGUCUAUGCGGGACAUGAAACGAAGUCAAUGCUGAAUAAUAGUGGUCCAAGGUACAAGCGAUCCCAGGUGGAGCAGCAAAUGAAUAUUGAUGUGAUAUGGUGUGUGAUAAUUUUGUUGAUAUUGUGCGUUGUUGGCGCCAUCGGCUGCCGAAUGUGGCUGAGUUCGUUUACCCAAUUCCCGGUGCCCUACUUGCCGAUUGACAGGCUGAAUGCGAAUCUAGAGAGCUUGUGGAUCUUCUGGACGUACAUUGUCAUUCUGCAGGUGAUGAUACCCCUCUCCCUGUACGUCACAAUCGAGCUGUGCAAGAUCCUGCAGGUCUUUCACAUCCACAACAACGUGGAUCUGUUCGAUCAGGAGACCAAUAAGCAGACCGAAUGUCGAGCGAUGAACAUCACCGAAGAGUUGGGACAGAUCCAGCAUAUAUUUACUGAUAAAACGGGAACUCUCACGGAGAACAAGAUGAUAUUCCGAAGGUGUGUGGUCAACGGAUCGGACUACAAUCACCCGCCUUCAGAGCUGGAAAGGAUCUACUCGAAGCCAGGAGCCCCUGCUCCACCGCUGAUACCGAAUGAUAACCUGAGCAAUGACAUGACGCAACUCACACAGGGAGCCUAUCUCACACCGCAUGCUCAACGCAUCCAGGAGUUCCUGGUGGUGCUGGCCAUCUGCAACACGGUCAUCGUGGGCGCUGCUCCACAUCGAGAUCUCAUGAAUGCCAGUGGCAUCAUCGAGGUGCAGCAAAUAGGCAACAGUCCCGCGAAUAUUAAGCACGGAAAGCAGCGACAAAAGCUAUUGGCCAGCACUACAACUACGACCACGACGACAACUAUAUUGAAUGGACCUGCGAUACAGCAGCAACCCGUUUCCAUUCCAGCCGAUCGUUAUAUCCGGUUGGCAGAAUCGCGAUCGGUGACGCCCUCGCCGCCGCCGAAUUUGCUUUUUGCCCUGCCAGCGCAGAGCCAUCAGCCCACGCUCUCGCCGAUCAGUAGUUCGGCGGAGUCGUCUCCGAAUUCCGAAUCGGAAUCACCAUCGCCGCCGAUGAAGAACAAGGCGCUCUCCAACAGUAUUUCGCCCACAGGAAGGGCAAAGGCGGUGAUCAACUCGAAGAUCACCAGCAUAGCCACCUUCCUGAAUGCCAAAACGCAGGGAAAGCGGUUCAAGUUGCCUUCAUCAAAAACGGAGACAAUUUACAGAACCGCCGAUGGACGACCUCUCUACGAAGCCGAAAGUCCAGAUGAGUUGGCUUUGGUGAAUGCGGCCUACAGCUAUGAUUGUUGCCUGCUAAAUCGCAGUGCCAACCAGAUUUUGGUCAGCAUGCCAACGGCGGGAGUCACGAAGGAGUAUGAGAUACUCAAGGUGCUGCCCUUCGAUUCCAGUCGCAAGUGCAUGUCCAUUGUGGUUCGGCAGAUUGGAAGCCAGGAGAUUGUGCUGUACACCAAGGGUGCUGAUAGCUCUAUAAUGCCUGUACUGGCACCCUGUUCACAUAACAGUGCCGAGGGCAUCCUGCGCGAACAAACGCAGCAACAGCUAGAUCGCUAUGCCCGCGAAGGUCUUCGCAUCUUGGUGAUGGCCAAAAGAACUCUAAACUCUGCUGACUACACAGAUUGGUGGGCACGGCAUCAGGAGAUUGAGAUGUCGUUGGAGAAUCGCGAACGAAGGCUACGCGAUUCGUUUGCCAAGCUGGAGAGCAAUCUCACCUUAUUGGGGGCAACAGGAAUCGAGGAUCGCCUGCAGGAUGGAGUGCCAGAGACGAUAGCAUCGCUUCUAUCUGCAGGCAUCUCAGUUUGGGUGCUGACUGGAGACAAACCCGAAACGGCCAUAAAUAUUGCCUACUCUGCAAAGCUUUUCACACAGCAAAUGGAGCUAAUUAGGUUAACAGCGCGAUCGCGCGAUGCAGCUGAGACAGCCAUAAAUUUCUAUCUGACUGACAUGGAGAACGACAAGACAACAUCUUCUUUGGGUUAUGGCCAGACUUUAAGAAAAAAGCAACGCGCUUUGGUGGUAGAUGGCAAGACACUCACCUUUAUUCUAGAUCCCAAAUCCAAACUGAUUCUGCCUUUUCUGCGACUGGCAAAACGAUGCGCUUCGGUACUUUGUUGCCGCUCCACGCCGCUGCAGAAGGCGUACCUAGUCAAAGUGGUUAAGGAGGAGCUCAAUCUGCGAACUCUGGCCAUUGGCGAUGGCGCCAACGAUGUGUCCAUGAUCCAGAUGGCUGACGUGGGCGUGGGAAUCUCUGGUCAGGAGGGCAUGCAAGCUGUCAUGGCCGCCGAUUUCACUUUGCCACGAUUUCGUUACUUGGAGCGAUUGCUUCUGGCGCAUGGAUAUUGGUGCUACGAUCGAUUAUCUCGCAUGAUUUUGUACUUUUUCUACAAGAAUGCAGCCUUUGUCUUUCUGAUAUUCUGGUACCAGUUGUAUUGCGGCUUCUCCGGCUCUGUCAUGAUAGAUCAGAUGUACUUGAUGCUGUAUAACUUGAUAUUCACCUCGCUGCCGCCCUUGGCAAUUGGAGUGUACGACAAACGUGUACCCGAAGAUCUCCUGCUAAAGAAUCCAUAUCUCUAUAAAAACGGUCGAUUAAGCGUAGCUUAUAGACCGCACGACUUUUGGCUGAUAUUACUGGAUGCCCUCUACCAGAGUUUGGUAAUAUUUUUCGUGGCGCUGUGCGCCUAUGCGGAAAGCGAUGUGGGAAUCUGGGAGUUUGGCACGACGAUAACGGCGUCCUGUCUCUUCGCCAAUCUCGUGCACUGUGCCAUUGAAAUACGUUCCUGGACUGUGCUGCAUGUCUUAUCCAUAGUGGCUAGCUUAGUUUCCUUCUACCUCUUUUCGAUUGUGUACAAUUCGAUGUGCGUGAAUUGCUUUGGAGUGCUCUCCACGUACUGGGUGAUAUUUGUGUGCUUCGCCUCCGCUGUUCACUGGCUGGUGAUACUGCUCUCCACAGUGGUGGCUGUUCUGCCACGGCUGCUCCUAACCACAAUGCGCAUCUCGCUGUGUCCCGACGACAGCACCAAAGUCAUUCUGCAGAGCAAACGCGAGCGCAGCAGAGAAUCACCGAUUAUGGGUCUAAGAAUCAGAUUAUAACAACGAUUACCUGAUCGAGCGCCAAAAUGCAAUUCCUCGGCUAUCUCAGCAGCAAAAUAGGAUAAGGAAACACGACUAGCAAUCCCCGCAAACCAUGUACACGUGUGCUUUCACUCUAAAUAUGUGGCCUUCGACACCGAUUAUUAUUAAUAAUAUUGCGUUAGUUUAGUUUACCCACUCUGUUCCGUAGAUUGUGAGAGCAAUUAGCUUAAAUGUACUUAGUGACCAAUUUGAAUAGUUUGUUUAGCAAAUGAUUUGUUGUAGACGCGCUUAGAUUUCCGAGUUAACUAUCUGAGUUUUAGUUGAAAGUGUUUGCCUUAACGCCAGAAGGAAAGCAAUUGCAGUCGCAUAAUUGCACUUAUGUCAUAGUUUACAUAUUUAUUUGUAUAUAAGUAGAGAGUUAAUGCACUAGAACCGAACCCAACCUAACCGACUAUUGUUAAACAUAAACUAAAAUACAAUGCUAAUUCAUGUGGGUACCAUGUACGGAUUAUUUAAAACUAGCGACUAAAAUAUGUAUCACCCUAACAGAAAUACUUGACAAUUCAAACACAACAGGACUCCAAUGCGAGUCCGAUGAAAAGGCUGUGAUUCUACACUCAUGAAGGAUAUACCUAAGUAUAAGAUAUAUAUACACAUACCUAUAGAAAUAGACUCGUACGUUAGUUGCAUUGAUUCAAGUAUUGACAGAAUUGUUUCUCACCUUCUGUUUCUUAGUUUGUUGUGUGAACAAGUGAAUUUUUUACUUUUUUAUUGAGACCAUGCGAUGACAAGUGGUAAUAACCGAUUGUUGUAAUCCAUUAGUUGUACUAAACCAUUUACUCUACUCGUAGUCCUCUAAACUAAGACAAACCCUAAAUGCAAUUCAAAAUUAAAUUGGUACGUUAACAGGAUGAAUACCGGAGAGCAAAAAUCGUUAGCUGAAUAUUUACAUUGUUGAAAAGCAAGAAAUCAUUAAAUGAAAUAAAUGUAUAUUUACCUAAAAAGU